UAAUUUUGGCGGGAAAAUCAAUAAUUGAAGAGGUCACAGACGUUCAGCGCGUACGUCUGCGUAUUCGUUCCUGUUUCAACCCGAGCUAUUUUUAUUGGACUUCCGUCGUUGCAUGUUUCGUCCGCCAUUUUGUAUCGUUUGUUGUUUGUGCUAGGAUAGACGUACGUUGCGGGACGUUUGUGUUUUAUAUUUGGGAAAUCAAACGAGCGGAGAUUCGAUGGAUUUGAGUGUUUACCUUUCGGCCCCAUUGCAAAUAGACAAGAUAUGUCGGGCUUGUUUAACAGAAAAAGACAAAAUGACACCCCUUUUCGGGGCCUGCUUAGACGAUAUGCUAUUGUCUUUCGCUGCCAUUCAGGUGCAUGAAGGAGAUGGACUACCAAAUCAGCUAUGCAUUCAAUGUGUUCAAGUAUGUAGCAGAGCUUAUGCUUUCAAACAGCAAUGUGAAAAGUCUGAAGCUAUUUUAAGGAGCUAUAAUAGCCCAGAAUUUCAGGAGCAACUUGCGCAAUCUCUUGCAUUACAAGACAAGGAUGAGCUUGAGCAUCAGCUUGAAUAUUCUGAAGAGAUUGAUCAUGUUGUUAUUAAAGAGGAAUUACCAAGUGAAUUUGUUAAUGUUAAUUAUGUGGAGGAAGUAUGUUUAGAGGACAAAACGGAAUAUUAUAGUAUAGAUAAUAUUGUGGAGUCAAUAGGAGAAGAAUUAAUUGUCAAACAUACAGAGACUUCAGAGUUGGAUGAUAAAGAGAUUAAAUUAGAUUUUGUUGGUAAACAAAAGUAUCAAUGUUCUAAAUGCGAUGAAUCGUUCAAUUUGAAAGUAGAUUUAAAAGUACACAUGCUUAGUCAUCCCAAGGAAUUGAACUAUGUAUGUCCGGUGUGCAAUAAAGCGUUUCCAGAAGCUCGGAUACUUAAAAGGCAUUCGAAAAUCCACUUGGAGAAGAAGCCGCAUCAAUGCGAUCAAUGUGACAUGUCCUUUGCGGAGAGUUCUAAUUUGAGUAAGCACAAGAAGAAGCAUACUGGCGAGUUGAGAAACAUUAAGGGUAAACCUCAUCUUUGUUCGGUUUGUGGUCGAGCAUUCAAGUGGGCGUCGAGUUUGUCCAAACACAUGAAAUACCACACAGGACAUAAAUUAUUAUCCUGCGAAUACUGUAAUAAGCAAUACGUUGAAGCUAGAAGUUUAAAGAUACACAUUAGAUCACACACGGGAGAAAGACCUCACGUGUGCAAGAUAUGUCAAAAGAGCUUUACGCAAAUCUGUAACUUGGAGAAACACAUUAGAGUGCAUACAGGUGAAAAGCCGUACUUGUGUCCCGUUUGUGGAAAAGGCUUUACGCAAUCCGGUUAUGUCGGCAUCCAUAUGAGACGGCAUACAGGCGAGAGGCCGUACCAAUGUUCGACUUGCGGAAAAGCAUUUGCUGGUUCAAAUACUUUGGCAAUUCAUCAAAGAAUACACACCGGUGAAAAACCUUAUACUUGCAAUAUUUGCGGGAAGAGCUUCAGCAGACACGAAACGUUGGUCAUCCAUACGCGGUCUCAUACAGGGGAUAAACCGCACGUUUGCAGUAUUUGCAGCAAAGCCUUCACUUCGUCCGGUCAUCUCUCCGGCCACAUGAGGACUCAUACCGGUGAAAAGCCGCACGAGUGCAUGAAAUGCGGAAAACGAUUCGCAGGUUCGGGUAGUUUGAAAGUCCAUCUGAAAACCCAUUCGGAAACGCAUGAAUGCUUAACCUGCGGUAAACGGUUCAAUGGAUCCAACGCUCUGAAAGUGCACAUGAAAUCACAUUGCGAAGAAUACGAAAUUACCACGGAAUUGAAAUCGCAUUCGCAGGAAAUCGAUAAGACGCAAACCGAAGAAUACGAAUUGAAAGAUCACGACCAACAGCACAUUGAAGAAUACGAGUGUUACAAAUGUCUGAAAAGAUUUACAGACGAAAAUUUCCUCAACAUGCAUCUGAAAUCCCACAAUGAUAAAUAUGACUGUUUCACCUGUGAUCAAAGCUUCGAUGGCGACAAUAUAAAAAUUCACCUGAAAUCGCACGAAGGACAUUACGAAGAAAGGUUCGAAUGUAGAAUAUGCGGAAAGGCGUACGACAAAGCUUUCAGUUUAGAGAUCCAUAUGAAUUCACAUUCGCUCCUAGAAAAAGAAACGCUGAGCAAAGUAGAGACAGUUCAAAUUGCAGAAUUGCUGACUGGAGAGACUAUACACACGGUGCAGUAUUCUGCAGUAAUGGAAGUGAAAAGUGACCAAAAUCAGGUGGACGUCAGUAAACUAUGCAGAGCAUGUUUGACUGAAAAGGAGGACAUGCGAUCGGUCUUCAUCGUCGAUGAAAGCCUCGGACAAACAAUGAGAUUCGCCGAAAUUAUAAUGAGUUUUACUAAUUUACAGAUCGAUAAUAGCGAUGGGCUUCCAACAUUAUUAUGUAUACAAUGCGUACAUCAAGCGAAUCAAUGCUUCCAAUUCAAACAGCUCUGCGAACAGUCAGACGCCAAUCUGCGACAAUAUUUGGGCAAACCCCUGAACCCGAAACCUUGCAAACAAGAGGAAGAAACCUCGCGGAGCUAUGACAGUAGUGUAUACUUAGAUAACUUCGGAUUGGAUUAUUCAUCGAAUGAUAGUGAUGACGACGAUGAUAUUAAAUCGGAGUUCGAAUCUAUACUAGAAUCUAAGACUUUGGAUCCGAAUGACGAGAAGGCGAUUGCUCAAAGGCAACUUCUGAAAUCCGCAAAGUCGCACAAAAGUAAAUCGAACAAGAAGAAAUUACUCGCCAAGGCUGGCUCGAAAGUGAGUCCCAAAAAAUUGAAACGUAAUACGAAUCAGUGUAACGUAUGUAAAAAGCAAUUCAUCAAUAUGAAGUCGUUUAGGAAGCAUUUGCGCACACACAUAGAAGAUAGACCGUAUAAAUGUAAGCUGUGUCCGCGGGGAUUCACCGAAGAGAACUACUUAAAUAAUCAUAUGAGAACGCAUAUACCGGAGGAGCAAAAGCCUCAUGUGUGCAAAAUAUGCGAGAAGAGAUUCAUACACACGACAUUACUAACUAAACACAUGCUCAAGCAUACUGGAGAGAAACCGUUCGUUUGUAAGAUUUGCAAUAAGGGAUGCUACGCCGAGAACAGUCUACUCAAACAUAUGAAGAUUCAUGAGAAGAAAGAAGGCGAUCCGGCCUUGUUGAAGCACAUCUGUGAUUACUGCAAGAGCGAAUUCCCAGAUGCACCGACCCUAGCUGUCCAUAUAAAACAGCAUACAGGAGACCGUCCAUUCCUAUGCAAUAUGUGUGGUAAAUGUUUCCCGCAAAGAUUUAAUUUGGAACUUCAUCUUAGAACUCACACAGGCGAACGACCAUUCACUUGCGAAGUUUGUAAGAACGGUUACGUUUCCAAAGCCAGUUUGAAGAUUCACAUGCGAACGCACACUAAUGAGAGACCUUUUAUUUGUAAUUUCUGCGGAAAAGCGUUUAGACAAUCCGGUGAUCUUACGAGUCACAAACGACUUCAUGGUACAGAAAAACCAAUCGAAUGCAGCGUCUGCCAGAAAAGGUUUACAACUGUUAUGAAGCUCAAGUAUCAUAUGAGAAACCACACCGGAGAACGACCUUACGUUUGUACAGUAUGCGGAAGAGGUUUUACUGUCAAUACCAUUUUACUAAGACAUAUGCGCGUUCACUCCGGUGAAAGACCUUAUGUCUGUGUAACAUGCGGAAAGGCAUUUUCACAAUCAAGUACUUUAAACACGCAUAUGAAGGUACACGCUCCUAAUAGUGGAUACCGAAUCGUUGAACCUCCACAACAGCAGCAGCAGCAACAACAACAGCAGCAGCAGCAACAACAACAGCAACAGCAGCAACCACAAGGAUUACCCAAAUUCCAUCAACCCCAAGAUGCCAAUAAAUAUCAUACACAGACUGAUCAGAAUAAUAGACUGUUGCAAACUGAUAAUAGGAUGCAAAUGCAGGCGGAGCCACCAAGGAUGAUGCAGCAGGACACAACUAGAAUGAUAUCAACUGAUGGUUCUAGAAUAUUGAAUGACGGCACAAGAUUGCUCAAUGAUAAUUCACAUUUACUUGCGGUUACGGAUAACCGUUUAAAUGAGUACAAGAUAAAUGAUAAUACUAAGUUUAUAAAUGAUAAUAGAAAUAUGUUGAUGAACGACAGCACGAGAUUAUUGGUGAACGUCACAGAACCCCAGAGACUUUUAGUAAACGAUUCCAGAUUAAUUACUAACGACAAUAGAUUAUUAACGAACGAUAACACUCGAUUAAUAACAAAUGUAAAUGAUAAUACCAGGUUGAUGGUCAAUACUAAUGACUCCAGACAUUUGGCUGUGACUGUUGAAAAUUCCAGGAUUUUAACUGACAAAUACUUAACCAACUAUGAUCCUUAUCACAGAGGACAAUUAUAAUCUCCAUUUUUGAACUAAUUGCGAUGGAGCUUCUGGUAGCCUGGAUUGCAUUUAAUAACUUAAAAUUGUUAAGAUGUACGUGCAUCAUAAUUUUAUUAUGCAAAGUUAUCUUUUUAGAGACAACAUAUCUAUUAUUAAGAGUGUACUGUUUUAUUUUUACUUAUCAAUCAGUAUUUUUAUGUAAAUAGUUAUGUAUUUACUUACA